CGCAAGUGGCGCUGACUUCGAAUACUGCAGAUGAUCACUGCACUGUGCGUAGCUGUCUGCUAGCUGUCACUUUACGACGGGACAAGAGUGAAUUGUAAAAGAUGUUCGGUUGUUGUUGGUGUUGUGCUGCAUUACGUCCCAGAUACAAAAGACUCGUUGACAACAUCUUUCCAGUCAAUCCACAGGAUGGCUUGAUUAAAAACAAUAUGGAAAAACUGACGUUCUACUCACUGAGCAGUCCUGAGAAAUUGGACAGGAUUGGGGAAUACCUGUUUCAACGCGCUUCCAGAGAUAUUUACAGGAGGAGAAAUGGCUUUGUCGUUAUCGCCAUGGAAGCAAUGGACCAGUUGUUGGUAGCUUGUCACGCACAGACUUUGAAUCUCUUUGUCGAAAGUUUCUUGAAAAUGGUGCAAAAGUUAUUAGAAUCCACGGAUCCUCAGUUACAAAUCCUUGCAACUCAAUCGUUUGUCAGAUUUGCCAAUAUUGAGGAGGACACGCCGUCGUAUCACACACGUUACGACUUCUUUGUGUCGAAGUAUUCCGCAAUGUGUCAUUCUAAUAAUGACAAUCCCACCAUUCGCAAGCAAAUUAGACUUGCUGGAAUUCAAGGACUGCAGGGCGUCGUGAGAAAGACUCUGUCAGAUGACUUAGUCGAGAAUAUUUGGGAGCCUGUACAUAUGGACAAGAUCGUACCGUCAUUACUGUAUAAUAUGCAAAAUUCAAGAUACGCCGAUAAGGAAGAUGCAACACCGGACAGUCCAACCGAGGAACGAUUGGAUCCUCCACAAUUUGCAGAAACUUGCAUGCGAGAACUAAUUGGACGUGCAUCAUUUGGUCACAUCAGAUGCGUUAUAAGACCUGUAUUAAGGCAUCUGGAUAAUCAUCAACUGUGGGUUCCUAAUUAUUUUGCAAUACAUACUUUUAGAAUAAUUAUGUUUUCUAUUCAGUCGCAGUAUUCUUACACUGUGGUAGAAGCUUUAAUGACGCAUCUCGACGAUCAUUCCAAGUCGCCUCCGAAAAUUCGUACCAGCAUGGCGGAUACUUUAUCGAAAAUUAUAUCAAUCGCUGCAGGUGAAAGUGUUGGGCCAUCCGUACUGGAAAUUAUAAAUUCCUUGUUGUCUCAUCUUCGAGUUAGCGUAACAAGAAAUCAGUCGUCGAGUGUUGAUGAGCGAUUGUACCAAGAAGCUCUUAUUAACGCCCUCGGAGAAUUUGCAAAUCAUCUUCCGGAUUAUCAAAAAAUUGAGAUUAUGAUGUUUAUCAUGAGUAAGGUUCCGUACAGUCAGCCAGACCGCGUUGAACCAGUUGGUAAAGGAGAUGUAUUGCUCCAAAGCAUACUCUUAAAGUCAUUAUUGAAGGUCGGAACAAAGUAUCAAACAAUCCAGUUGAACACAACGUUUCCACCUAGCUUUUUGAACCCGCUGCUCAGAAUGUCAUUAGCAGCGGAUGCUGAAAUGAGGCUUCUUGUACAAAAAAUAUUUCAUACUCUGAUCGACAGACAUCGGAACAUCACGAAACUCGCUAAGCCAACCGUGAACGUAGCAGAACUCGGACUUGUUAUUGAGAAAGCAUCUAGACCUGACGUAAUCUUUAUUCGGAAACAUGGUCACGAGAUCUACUUAGCACUGUACGAAUCGUUGGAGAUGUGCAGUAACUCCGUAGAAAAUUUGGAAUCUAUUUACACGACAUUGGCAUUACUUGCCAUCGAAUUGGCUUCUGAGGAGACCGUAAUGGACUUGUUGAGAUUGGUAUUGAGCCUUCAGGACUUGGCGCUGACAAAUGUGCAAAUCAGUCUUUCACUUAAGUUCAAUUUACACGCGACAGUUAUCAGUUUGUUGGUUUUGAUAUCGUAUGUUUGUAAUAUUACCGCUCUUAUGGACUACGCGAAAAAAGUAGUGGAAGCGCGCCGAAAUGAUAGCCCACAUUUGCUACCGGAUUUGCAAUCGAAGUAUGACACUGGUCUGACGUCUAGAUUGGCGCCGGCUCUUUUAGUUGAUCAAACUGUUGUCCACGAGUGCCUAAAAGGAGCCGGUUUUGAUUGUGGAAAAUUGCAAGGCUCGGGUUAUAGUAAUUCUCUACAACACAGGCAUUCUUGGGUCGAUGCUGGACGUAAUUCGCUGGCUGAUAUUAACUCUGGAGGUCCAGAAUUGGACAGUGCAGGCUCAUCACCUAGCGUGCAAAAGAAAUUACCUGGCGAGGAAUUAACAUUUGAAAGCAUGAAAAGAAUUUUGACGGAGAAUAACAAUAAUCAGGGUGUGGAAGAAGAAAAGCGAAUGCAGCUUUCCGAGUUCUUUAGAAACGCACCAUUCCAAGAUCUAGUGUCAAAGACGCAGCCAAAGCACGAAGUCUUACAGAGUAAAUUAUCGGAGAUAUUCAAUUCUUUGUCUGUUGAUCCACGCAACGCAGUUCCCACGACUGGGCCACAGACAGACGCUAAACCAAGUCAGACACCAGCUUACGAGAUACACUUUCCUGAGCUGUUUGUAUAUUAAAAUAUUAAUAUUCUUGUUGCGUUAUAAUGUUAACCAAAAUGUAGUGUUGCAUUGUAUUAGACCUUGUAUAUGUGACAGCAAUAUGAACCGUAGUCUAAAUGGCUAAACGAGUAGUAUGGCUAACUGCUAUAUGCCUUAUAUAGAUUGAUUAAUGUAUAUAGUAAAAGUUAAGGUACGAGAUCUUUUUAUGUUUUAUAUAGCUGGUCACAUAUAGUUUUUGAUGUUAAAAGUUAUCUCUGCUUAUUCGUCUCUGAUAAGCAAGUAUUUAAUCAUGCUCUCAGUAUACUCCAAGCUCGUGAUUGGAAGAUGGCAAUAUAGUCAUAGAUACAGAAAAGUUGUUGCGAAUAUACUUUACAAAUAAAAAUUAAGACACAUGUUAUCAACGUGAAAGAAAACAUUUAAUAUCUCGUGAUGCUCGUCUCUGGUUUUCACGAUUAUUUGACGACGCGAUAUGUAUGGGGAAAAAUGCAUAUGCUUGAUGAAGCAAUACAA